CGAUUUUGUUGGCGUCUCCUUGGAUUCAACAGAGUGAGAGAUCUUUGCGUUUCGUUUCGUUUCCGAGUCUCCAAGUCCUCUCUUCUGCACGCACUGUGCAAGACUUCAUUUUUUGUGAACAAACAAACAUAAUUAUAAACACGCAACUCAAGUACUGCUUUGUUUUCUUAAACAACAACAAAAAAGUCCCACUUCCUUUAUUAUUAUUAUUAUUUUUUCCCCUAAUAAGAAUCUGAGAGAGUAAAGGCUCCAUUUUUACCCUCCUUUCUUCUCAGAAGCGAUCUCUGAACCCGACCCAUUUUGUAAUUCGGAAAACCCAGUGCUGAUCGCUAUCUGGGUGUUCCCAAGAUGAAGCUUCGGAGAUCCUCAAUCUGUGUCCUUCUAGGGUUUAUGCUGCUGCUCCUUUCGCCGCCGUCAAUGGCGAAAUUCGUGGUGGAGAAGAACAGCUUGACGGUGACGUCGCCGGACAACAUCAAGGGCACGCACGAUAGCGCGAUUGGCAACUUCGGGAUACCCCAAUACGGAGGCAGCAUGGCUGGGAACGUGGUGUACCCUAAAGACAACAAAAAGGGUUGCAAGGAGUUCGAUGAGUAUGGGAUUUUCUUCAAAUCCAAACCCGGUUCUCUUCCCACUUUCGUUUUGCUCGAUCGAGGAAAUUGCUUCUUUGCUUUGAAGGUUUGGAAUGCACAGAAGGCUGGGGCUUCCGCUGUUCUUGUUGCGGAUGAUAUUGAGGAGAAGUUGAUAACCAUGGACACUCCUGAAGAGGAUGGAUCGUCUGCAAAAUACAUAGAGAACAUAACAAUACCAUCUGCUCUCAUUGAAAAAAGUUUUGGUGAAAAGUUAAAGAGUGCCAUAAGUAAUGGGGAUAUGGUCAACAUAAAUCUUGAUUGGAGAGAGGCUGUCCCCCACCCAGACGAUCGUGUGGAGUAUGAAUUGUGGACCAACAGCAAUGAUGAGUGUGGAGUUAAGUGUGAUAUGUUGAUGGAAUUUGUGAAAGAUUUUAAGGGUGCGGCACAGAUAUUGGAGAAAGGUGGUUAUACUCAAUUUACACCCCAUUAUAUAACUUGGUACUGUCCUCAGGCUUUCACGUUAAGCAAACAGUGCAAGUCCCAGUGCAUAAAUCAUGGGAGAUAUUGUGCACCGGAUCCUGAACAAGAUUUCAGCACUGGUUAUGAUGGGAAAGAUGUAGUUAUUGAAAAUUUAAGACAGCUAUGUGUUUACAAGGUGGCAAAUGAAACCAAAAAGCCUUGGGUCUGGUGGGACUAUGUCACUGAUUUUCAAAUUAGAUGCCCAAUGAAGGAGAAAAAGUACAACAAGAAAUGUGCAGAUGCUGUCAUUGAAUCACUUGGACUUGAUAUUAAAAAGAUUGAAAGGUGCAUGGGAGAUCCAAAUGCUGAUUCUGAAAAUCCUGUUUUGAAAGAAGAGCAAGAUGCCCAAGUUGGGAAGGGGACACGCGGUGAUGUUACCAUUUUGCCUACUCUAGUUGUCAAUAAUAGACAGUAUCGAGGAAAAUUGGAGAAAGGUGCUGUUAUGAAAGCUAUUUGUGCUGGUUUUGAAGAAACCACCGAACCAGCUGUUUGUUUGAGCAGUGAUGUGGAGACAAAUGAGUGCUUAGAAAACAAUGGUGGUUGUUGGCAGGAUAAAACAGCUAACAUCACCGCAUGCAAGGAUACGUUCCGUGGGAGAGUAUGUGAAUGCCCCUUGGUGGAUGGCGUGCAGUUCAAAGGAGAUGGUUAUACAACCUGUGCAGCUAGUGGACCUGGAAGGUGCAAGAUAAACAAUGGAGGUUGUUGGCAUGAGGCUCGGAAUGGACAUGCAUAUUCUGCUUGUUUGGAUGAUGGAAGCGUUAAAUGCCAGUGUCCUGCAGGCUUUAAAGGUGACGGUGUCAAGAAUUGUGAAGACAUUAAUGAAUGCAAAGAGAAGAAAGCUUGUCAGUGCCCUGAAUGUAGCUGCAAGAAUACUUGGGGCAGCUAUGACUGCACUUGUAGUGGGGAUCUUCUGUAUAUAAGGGACCAUGAUACCUGCAUAAGUAAAACUGCCACUCAGGAGGGAAGAUCAGCUUGGGCUGCUUUUUGGGUUAUUUUAAUUGGCUUGGUUUUGGCUGGUGCUGGGGCAUACCUUGUGUACAAAUAUAGAAUAAGGUCAUAUAUGGAUUCUGAAAUCAGAGCCAUCAUGGCACAGUAUAUGCCAUUGGACAGCCAAGCAGGAGUUGUAAAUCAUGCGGACGAAGAAAGAGCGUGAAAGGGAAAACUAGUCAGGCUCCUGGGUCACUGGGUGUACCUUUUUGAGCACUUGAAUUUGAUAGACUGUAUCAUAUGGACAAUAAAAAAAGGUUCAGAAUUAGAUAGUUGUCCUACGUUUUUAUCGGGAAUGUAGCAAUUUGUAUACUUAUUUUAGGCCAGACUUUUUUAAGUUAUUUCGUUUCACCAGAUUCUAGGAUUUAUGUUUAUGUUUAUGCAGCAACAUUUUCCACACUUGUGAUUGUAACCUAUCGUGCUUCCUAGUACAGGCUUAAGUUAACAUUGUUCUUCUAUUGAUUGCCGGGGUCUUCUCCCCCUGCAAGACUAAACACGGCGGCAUUCUAUUUCGGAUAAUUAUUACAUUAAAUUUCGUCUU